ACUGUGAUGAUACUGUUAUGCAUCCUUCCUCUGUAAAUUUGUCAUUGAUGACAGAGAGAGCGACAUUGACCAUUAAGGUCACGUUGACACAUCCGGACUUCGAACAGGUCAGACAGGCAUUGUUUUGAAGUGCAUGAGUGGGAUUCAAGACUGCAAGGGGAGGAUCUGGAAGGAUGGCUGGUAAACUUGUGUGCUUCCUUGUCUUAUGGUUCAAGCUGACUGUAGGGUUGCGUCAAGCUCUGGACAAGCCUAACAUUAUUAUCUUCCUAGCAGAUGACAUGGGAUAUGGAGACUUAUCAUCCUACGGUCAUCCAAGUCAAGAGUUUGGUCCAGUGGAUCAGAUGGGACGUGAGGGCAUGAGGUUUACUCAGUGGUACAGUGCAGCAUUGUUUUGUACACCAAGCAGGGGAGCAAUGCUUACAGGCAGGUACCCAGUCCGCAUUGGUCUCUAUUCCACGAGCAAGCAAAUUUAUCUUCCGGUUUUUGUUCCAGCAUCAAGGUUUGGAUUGCCUAAAGAGGAAGUCACGAUGGCCGAAGCACUGAGGGAUUUGGGAUAUGCAACAGGGAUGAAUGGCAAGUGGCAUCUAGGUAUCAAUGAAUUUAACUACAAAGAUGGAAAUCAUUUACCGAUGCAUCAUGGCUUUGACUUUGUGGGCACGACACUGCCAUUCAGUCUUGUGUGGAGAUGUGAUAACACAAAGAAAUUGUUGCCCAUCCCAGAUAGACCUUUCUGUUUCCUCUACUCCAAUGAUACAAUAAGACAGCAACCCUUCAAUCCACACAACCUGACGUCGACACUCCUUCUUGAGGCCAAGUCCUUCGUCUACAAUCAUCAAGACGAGCCGUUCUUCUUCUAUUUCUCAUUCCCGCAGACACACUCAAAUCUGUUCAGCUCAGAAGACUUUAAGAAUUCUUCCAGGAGAGGUCCGUACGGUGACAAUGUAAAUGAGAUGAGCUGGGCAGUAGGUGAGAUGCUUAAGUUACUGAGAGAGUUGAAUCUAGAGAGGAACACACUGGCCAUCUUCCUGUCCGAUCACGGACCUGAACGAGAGAUGUGCAAAGAAGGAGGUUCGGCAGAUCCUCUCAAAGGAUGGAAGGGGACUUCUUGGGAUGGUGGUGUACGGGUACCAGCAAUAGCCUGGUGGCCCGGUACCCUCCCAGCUGAUGUCACCAACCAUGAAGUCAUCAGCUCCAUGGAUCUCUUCAACACAGCAAUAGACCUUGCCGGAGGCACCCCGCCCACAGAUCGUGUAAUAGAUGGGCGGAGCCUUAAGGAGGUGUUACUACAGGGGGGCAAAACACCUCGCGAGACCCUCUUCCAUUAUUGCGGGAAGCACAUGAUGGCGGUGCGGUACCGUCAAUACAAAGUACACUACCACACCCAGAACUUAUUAACAGCCAACGAAUUGUCCGAGUUCUGCGGACCAACGAGUAUACCGGAUAAGAAGGGCAGAAAUUUCUGCAUGGACUGCGGGGGCACUUGUGUUACAACUCAUGACCCUCCGCUGAUUUUCAAUAUGGACCAGGAUCCCAAAGAGGAAUACCCACUGGAUCCACAGGAGUAUAAAGACCUGUUAGAAGAUGUAGAGAGAUUGCUGUCUGAACAUAAAGCAACAAUGGUUAUGGGGAAGCCACUCUUAAACGACCUUGACAAGUCCCUUAGUCCCUGUUGUAACCCACCCUACUGUUGGUGCAAUUAUAGUCCUGUUCACACAACAGGCAAGAUUUAGCAUUGUUAAACAAUUUUAAAAACGUGCCUCGUGUGAAAGCUGACAAUUUGUGUACUGCCCAGAGGUCUAUUGUAAAAUCUUGUCAAACAAUUGCUACAUUUUUAAACUAUGCUAAUUUUGAGCAAUGGACCACUGUUAAUUGGGGACUUUUGGGAUGCUUGGUGGCAGCAGACUUACCAGGUAAAAUCCAUUGUUCCCUGUAAUGUGCGCACGCUCAGAACUAAGUAAACAAUGGUAAGUCUGCUGCCACCUAGUGUCCAAAGGUCUCCCAUUGCUGUCGAACAGAAGUUAGGUGUGAAUCUAUCAUACUCUUGGGAUUUGAUGUUGUCAUGUGAGAGAGAAUGGAGUAGGCACUCUCUGCAUUUUGAAGUUGUUCUGUUCAUAAUAAACCAUCAGGCGUAAGCCAGUCCAGAAAAAUUUGGCUUGCACAAAAUGUCAUCGGACUUGAAGUGGAUAAGGUGGAUGUUUUUUUUGGUUUUAUUUGGUUCUCUUUCUGAAAGAUGGAGAGUUUUUGAGGACACUUAGUGCCCAACCUAGAAAUUUCAAUGGGUUAAAAAAAAAGUUUGAAGGGUUUAGGUGGUUAGGGUUGAUGCGUUACUUGCAGAAAAAAUUGAGAUGUUCCUUUGUUAAAAGGAAAAACCAAUGACAUACAUACACUGCUGUAGUUAACUUUGCAAUUAUUUUUUUAAUUUCAAAGAACUGUUUUUACGAUUAAAGAGUGAGUACUUUUAAAGUUUUAGGUUAAAAACAACCUUCCAACAUAAAUAAUCUAUCUUACAUGGUAGUGAGUGAAUCAGAUAGGAUUAUACUAGUAUUAUCAUCUUAUUUCUUUGUUGAUUAAGGGUAAAUAAAGUAAAAUAUUCAUAAUUUUUUUAAUAGGAAUUGUUCAGCAUUGUGUUUAACAGCUACUGUCUUUCACAUUUAAUACACAUCAUUCUAAGGUCUUACUGUUAAGUGCAUUCAGGGAUGUCUUUAACAAAGAUAACAUUGAAUGACAAUGUUUCAUGUAGUUCUAUUGUUCAAACCACCAGCUCGAGUUAAGCCCAUUAUUUUGUUUAACUGCUUUUGAAGAAGCGUCUGUAAUUUCUGCUUAAUGUGCGUUGAUAUCCAACGCAAUAUCUAAUAAUUUACGCUUCCAUUUCUGCGUUAAAAUUUUGCAGUAUGGAGUUAUAAAAAAAAAAAAAUGUUUUCAAAUAUCUAAACUGAUUUAUUCACUUAAAAUUCUUUUUUUUUACCUGCCCAAUUGUUUUAUGUUUGUACAGGUGCUGUUUUAUUGAAGUUUAAUUUAAGAAAUGUGUAUGUGAAACUUGCUUAUAUCCUAAAGACAUUCAAUGAAACCUGUGGGUUUCUUUUAGAAAAAGAAAAAAGAAUUGGGUGAGAAUUUAAACAUGUUCUUUUAGAAAAUUCAGUUAUUAUCCUUAGUAGAAUUUCAAUUUCUGAUCUGUGGAUACCACAAGCAAGGGAAACGAAAUCAUGCCAAGUUUCAGGCGUUCUUGUAACCGGAUUAGUUAUGCAAGAAUUCAAUUUCAUCGGAAUUGCCAAAUCUUCUGGAUCGAUUAUCAAAUGCUAUUUUGCUUAUGCACUUCCCUGAACAGUACUGUAAGCGCACAAACUUGCUUGCUAGUAAACAGCUUUAUUAAAUUGGCCACAGACUUAAGUAAAUGGUUUAAUGUUUUGACUAUACAAGUCAGAGUUUUAACUAGUAGGAAGCUUGAAGUUUUGAAUCCUUGAUGAAGCUACAAAAGGUUGUAUGCAUCCUCAAUCUUUAAAAUGCAUUUCUGACUAACUGUUAUUUUGUUACACUUAGUAGUUGAUCAUACUAUGCCAGAGUCAAAACUGUUGUUUGUCAUUUGAGUUGGUGAACAACAGCUAAUACAUUUUUGUUUACGUGUUUAUUUGUACUUACAUUUAAUAUAAUUAUGAAGAUAUAAAUAAAUAAACACAUGAACGGAUAGCACAAGCUGUUACAAACCAAAAUAACCUAUGGUAUGAAUGCAAAAAUCUCUUCUUCAUUUUAAAAUGAGUAGAAAGAAACUUCAUAUCAAAUUCUACAUUGUGACACAAAGGAAACGUUGUGUUGACAACAGGGUAGUUAAAGUGACGCAUGCUCCCAAAAUCAGGCCCUUUUUUAGAAAUGAUGAAAUGGCAUUAAAAGAUCCAACCAACCAACACAUCAGCCAUGAUAUCAAUGUAAUGCCUGAAGUUCUUGACCCUUUAGAGAUCAUAGCAGCCACAAGCGGCUUGUGACCAAAUGCCAAGGCAAGCGGCCACAAGGUUUGACCUACUCCCAUUUACAUAAAGAGGUCAAAGUAAAGGUCAUGUCCGGAUAUCACAUAGUAUCCCAAUUUCUAAGCAUAAAACUUAAUUUUCUGUUUCACGUUAUUUCUGUUGCCAUUUUUACUGACGAAAUUUGAUUAAUGAAAUGAACAAUAUUAGCAAUGUCUGGGCGUGUUGUGAAGAUUACACAGAAAUGAAUGGUCAUUAAAGGGUUAGAUAUUGAGACAUGCUUACAUUAUCAGCUCUUAUUGUAAACGUGCUGUUUGACAGCUUGUUUCUUUUCAUAUACUUGAGGUGGAUUACACCCAGUUUGUCAGGAAGUACCCAGGGUGGAUUUCACAAAGAUAUACGACUAGACUUAUCUUGAGUUAGGACGAGUUACUCGUACCAACUUAGGACUAGGACUAUCUUUGAGAAAUCGACACCUGGUUUGUGCAUGGAGCAUCACAUAUAUAUGUUGAGCCAAACGGAUUUAAAGUUUGACAAACCAUUCAGCCUACCUCUAAGCAAUUUGGUGUACUGUUUGAAGAAGAAUUUGUUUAAUUAGUUGUAUAGUAUUAAGAUGUUCUGUAGGAAUUAAUGUAUGCUAGACACUUUUAUAUAUACAUAUUUUAUGUGUACAAUAUUUACAAAAGUAACAUGGAAAUAAGAGAAUAUAUACUUUGUAUACAUUUACAGCAAUCAAAUAUUAUCAUUAAAGAAGAAACUUAUGGGGAUAUAAA